AUGAGAGUCAAUAUUUUUAAAUUUGUUUUUUUUUCAAUUAUUAUUUGUUUUUUUGAAUAUAUCAAAAAUGAAUUAUACUAUGCAAAUGAAAGAACCAUAUGUUUUGAAAGGAAUAUAAUAAAUUUUAGGAAUAAUAGGACAUUAGCAUAUGCAGACAAUCAAUUAAAUUUAAAUGAUUUUUAUCAAUCAACUUUGAGUCUUGCAAAUAAACUUAAUGACUACAAUGAUGAUAACGAAGAAAUUAUAUAUAUUCGAAGUGCUAUAGAUUCACAUAUAAAGAUGCAUAAAGAAAAUACUAAAUUACCUGAUAUAAAUAGUUUAGAUAAAAGAACUAAAAAAAUAAUUCGUAAACUUCAAAAAGAAUUAGAAGAAGUAAAAAAGGAGCUUGAUAAUAUCGGGGAUAGUGAAAUAACAAUAAAACAGAUACGAGAUAAGAGAAUAACUAAAACAUAUGAAAAUAAUUCUGUAUCAGAAGGUGAAUAUUAUAACCAAUUGGAAAAUGAAGUAAAUUUCGUGGAGACAAAACAUAAUCAGGUAUACUUAAGUAGUAAUAAUCAUUUUGAAAAUAAACAAAAGCUAAACAAAAUGCUCAAAGGAUUAAUAGUGAGGGGAUUGUUGAUGACUUUGCUUUCUUUGGCGGUACUACUAUCAGGGUGGAUUCAGAUUCCAUUUGCUAUUAUAGGUGUAGUGCUUUCAAUUGAAACAUUUGUUAAAUGUUAUCGAUAUAUUAAAUUAUUCUUUAAAGUAUCUAAAAUGGAGAAUAUAUUAAAAAAAUUAAGAUAA